UGUAUUCGUUCUGGCCUGCUGGAGCUGUGGUGCUAGACUUUUAAAGUGCGUUGCGGGACAUUUAAACAGCGAGCUGGGGACUGCGAGUUGUGUAAUGAAAAGCGGGGCUGCCCCGCGUACAGCCGGACAGUCUGGCGGCAUGGGUGCGGGCCAUUUGUUUGUGUAGUGAUAAACAGAAAGGUGCUUUAAGCCACUGGAAGAAGAUGCAGCGCCCGGGGGUAUAUACCCUGCUCCUUUCUCAGUGAAAAUUAGAAGUGGAUUUAGUAUAUAUACGUUAACCAAAGAAUUGCUGUCUCACCCUAAUGUGACGUUCUUUUAAUUACACACUUUUUUUGUCAUUAAGUGAUACCCACCAUUUUCCCCUUCUGUGACAAACUCUGCAACCUUUGCUUUAAAUAUCUCCUCAUAAUUCUACGUUUAUUAAAGACACUUUUACAACUCCUUCACAUAGAACUUUUUUUUUUCUACAAGAAAUGAUGUGACUUUUGGCUAUUGACAGACUGGGGCCAAAACUCUGCAAAUUUGCUCAUUCCUCACAAAGACUUCUGAAUAUGGAUGCUGGUCCUCACACAGUAAUGUGACCAAUGAAGGCUACUUAUUGAAGGGAUCCCUGUAUGGCCCGGAAUUGGCAGCCAGUUUCAGUUAUCAUCUUGGGCGAGUAGUUGGUGUUUCAUAGACCCAGUUUAAAAAUGGCAGGAGCUAUCGCUUCAAGGAUGAGCUUCACCUCUCUGAAGAGGAAACAGCCAAAAACUUUCACUGUCAGAAUCAUUACAAUGGACGCAGAGAUGGAAUUUAACUGUGAGAUGAAAUGGAAAGGAAAGGACUUGUUUGACUUGGUAUGUCGUACUCUGGGUUUGCGGGAAACCUGGUUCUUUGGACUUCAGUAUACCAUAAAGGACACAAUAGCAUGGUUAAAGAUGGAUAAGAAGGUACUGGACCAUGAUGUUCCAAAGGAAGAGCCAGUCACCUUUAACUUUUUAGCCAAGUUCUACCCAGAAAAUGUUGAGGAGGAGCUAGUACAGGAUAUAACCCAACAUCUCUUCUUCCUUCAGGUAAAAAAGCAAAUUUUAGAAGAGAAAAUAUACUGUCCCCCAGAAGCUUCAGUGCUUUUAGCAUCAUAUGCAGUUCAAGCAAAGUAUGGUGAUUAUGAUCCAUCUGUGCAUAAACGUGGUUUCCUGGCAGAAGAGGAGUUACUUCCGAAAAGGGUUAUAAACCUGUAUCAGAUGACUCCUGAAAUGUGGGAAGAGAGAAUCACUGCUUGGUAUGCUGAGCAUCGUGGCCGUACCAGAGAUGAGGCUGAGAUGGAAUACCUGAAAAUUGCACAAGACACAGAAAUGUAUGGAGUCAAUUAUUUUCUAAUUCGGAACAAGAAAGGUACUGAGCUCUUGCUUGGGGUGGAUGCUCUGGGACUUCACAUUUAUGACCUGGAAAACAGACUGACCCCUAAAACUUCUUUUCCAUGGAAUGAGAUACGGAACAUCUCUUACAGUGACAAAGAGUUCACGAUCAAACCCCUUGAAAAGAAGAUAGAUGUGUUCAAAUUUAACUCUUCCAAGCUACGUGUUAACAAACUUAUCCUGCAACUCUGCAUUGGAAACCAUGAUUUAUUCAUGCGGAGGAGGAAGGCAGACUCUUUAGAAGUACAACAGAUGAAGGCUCAAGCUCGGGAAGAGAAAGCAAGGAAACAGAUGGAACGCCAACGCCUGGCACGGGAAAAACAGCUAAGGGAAGAGGCUGAGCGAGCACGGGAUGAGCUGGAAAGAAGGCUGUUGCAGCUGAAAGAAGAGGCUCAAAUGGCUAAUGAUGCAUUGAUGCGGUCAGAGGAGACUGCUGACCUACUGGCAGAAAAAGCUCAGAUUACAGAAGAGGAGGCCAAACUACUGGCCCAGAAAGCAGCAGAGGCUGAACAAGAAAUGCAAAGAAUUAAAGCCACUGCCAUUCGCAAUGAGGAGGAAAAGCGGUUAAUGGAGCAGAAGGUCCUAGAGACGGAAAUGUUGGCAUUAAAGAUGGCCGAGGAAUCUGAACGCAGAGUUAAAGAAGCUGAGCAACUGAAGCAAGACCUACAAGAGGCUCGAGAUUCAGAGCGUCGAGCCAAGCAAAAGCUUCUGGAGAUUUCUAAUAAAACCUCCUAUAUGCAAGCAGCAGGGACCAGCAGCAGCACUGUGCCACCCACAGAUGUGCCAAGCUUCAGAAUGCUUAAUGAUAACCUACCCUACGAUUUCAAGGACACGGACAUGAAGCGUCUAUCCAUGGAAAUUGAAAAGGAGAAGGUUGAGUACAUGGAGAAGAGUCGUCACUUACAGGAACAGCUGAAUGAGCUCAAGACGGAAAUAGAGUCCUUAAAACUGAAGGAAAGAGAGAGUGCCAUGGAUAUUAUGCACGAGAAUUCUGGCAGCAAACAGAACACAAUUAAAAAGGCGACGAGAGCUAUCUGCAUCUGAGCGUGAUCUAUAGUGUGUGCAGCUCACACUACAAAGCACACAGUGCAGAGUGGCUUACUUUGAAGAACUCUAAGACAUCAGCAGGGUGCACCAGACGGCUCAAGCCUCCCCAAGGACAUACGGAUUCCCAAACAAUUCUUCACAAUUAGAGGGGUCAUUAUUCAGUGCUACCAUUUAUGUUUGCACUGGGGACAAGGGGCAUCCUCAAAUGUGUCUCCAUUCAGUUCUAACAUAAUAUGCAAAACUGCUGCUUCCCUUCUGUUUCGUUGUAAGCUAAUUAAGGGAUUGUGCUUUGCGACUCUCCUUGAACUGGGAAUAGUAUUUUCAAAAAUAUUUUUUUCAGGGAAACUCGUAAAUAUGUUCAAAAGGGGAUUUUGGAAAAAUGAAUUGUGCUUAAUGGAAUUGUUCAGUAUAAAAACUGGGUAAAUAGGCUGUGCAAAAUAAAAAAUGUUUCUAAUAUAUUUAGUUA